AUAGUAUUCACCAUACUGUUCAAUAAUGCAGUCGAAGCGUAUAUUCAAGCUGAGCAUUUUAGUAUUUCUCGUGAUGUUCGAGCGAGUAAUCGGCCAAGAAUUGAAUCAAUUGUGUAAUAAUCCCAAAUCUAGGAUAGGACGCUGUAUUAGACGAGAAAAUUGUUCAGUUGUUGCGGGACAACCCGAUAAGGAUUCAGUAUGGAACGGUAAUGUCUGCAGAUCGAAUGGAAAACAGAAUCAAGAAGUUUUGGUUUGUUGUCCAAUUCUCAAAAAUUGCGCUACGUGUGGCGAACUGGAGCAAACAGCUGGAGAUCUCGUUGUGAACCGAAUUACAGGAGGCAGCGAAGCGGAACCAGGGUCAUACCCAUGGGCAGCAUUGCUGAUAUACAUGGGUCGAACAGUCACGAAAUCGUUGUGCGGAGGUGUGUUGAUCAGUCUCCAACACGUCCUGACCGCCGCGCAUUGCAUCGAAGGUUUACCAAGAAAUUGGAGAUUACAUGGAGUUCAUCUAGGGCAUACUGAUAAUCUCCAAAAUUGCAGUCACAUAGAAAAUGGCAAAAACUGCAAACAAGAAUACGUUGUGCAACGUACAAUUAUUCAUGAGCAAUAUGAUCGAUUGUUGAAUAGUCACGUGAACGACAUUGCACUUCUGCAUUUGGCAAAAGAGGUAACAUUGAGUGCAUACAUCAAGCCUAUUUGUCUACCUUUAGACGACAGAUUGCAGAAUAUGCCUGUGGAAAAUGAACAAUUCACCGUCGUUGGAUGGGGGGAAACCGAAACAGGUUACAACAGCCCUAAACUACUUCAGGUUAGCGUUACUGGAAGGAACUUGGACAUGUGCAACAGAGUAUUUCAAAAUCACAAAAUUAGGCUGUCUGAUACUCAACUUUGCGUCGGUGGAGAAGGUGGAAAGGACUCAUGCAGAGGCGAUUCGGGAGGACCAUUGAUGCGGAGAAUUGGAAACGUUUGGUAUCUGACCGGGAUGGUUAGUUUCGGUGAUCGUACAUGUGGAGUGAGGAACCAACCCAGUGUUUACACGAAUGUAGUAUCUUAUAUAGAUUGGAUUGAACAUCAGAUGAUUGAAUUGAGUUAA